AUGCGGUUCUUGUCGGAAUUGGGCGAGAGCCUCCGGGCCUUCACGCCACAGGAAUGCCGCAACAUCGCCAUUUACAUCGCUGGUAUCAUGGUAUACAAAUUUGGACUGGAAGCGUUCAACGGCUCGAUCAUUGCGCUCGCGAGCAACCGAUAUGACUACGAAUCGAUUCGAGACGGAACACCAAGCCGGACGUUUGAGCGAGUCGGGCUCCUGACGGGUCUCAACCAGGCGUUCCAGUGCAUUGGGUCCAUCUUGAUCGGGCCACUGGUCAAACGCUACCCGACCAAGAACGUCCUUUCUUGCGCUAUCUUGAUAUUCGGGAUCUUUUCGGCGCUGUUGCUCAUCAUUGACGCGGCAACCGGUGGAACAUUCAUGCCAGUAGCUUGUAAGCUUGCCCUCUGGUACAACACCGACGUCAUGAUUCCUGUGUACUGUGUGUGUGGCAUCGUCUACGGCAUGGUCGAGCUGAUCCGCCGUGUCAUUCCACGUGAUAUCGUAGGAGGGCAUAUCAACAAACUAAAGAAGAUGGACUCUCUCGUCCACAUAUUUUAUGAAACGUCAGGCACCGCUGGCGCCUUUACGACUGGUCUCGCGAUUAUCCCCCAGCUCGGGAACAACAUGGCGUUCAUCAUCACGCCCAUUUGCUUCGCCAUCGCCGCCAUCAUCUGGUUUUUCAUCAGCGAACUCGACUUCCACCGCGAGAAGCCCCGACCCCUCCGUACACGCGACAAGGCAUCCUACUGGAAAGCCGCCUUCAACGGCCUCUAUCUCUUUGGCGAAUCCGUCUACGUCGGCGGCAGAAUCCUCUUCAGUUCCCGCAAAUUCAUCUGGCUCGUGCCUGGUUACUCGAUCGCCCUCUACGGCCACCGCUACCUCGAAAACAAUAUCGCCCCGCAAGUCGCACGCCGGUACAUGGGCAACUCCGCUUGGGCCCAAAUAAUGGUUGGCGGGUCCAACCUCGGCGAACUCCUCGGUGCCUUUUCCGUCCUCCUUUUCACCGACGCCGUGCAGACACCAAUGCCCUGGCUCCGCCUUGACGCACUGAUGCUCCUCGUUGUGUGGUAUAUCCCCUUCUGGCACCCACCAUCAGACCAGGUCAGCCAAGCCUGGAUCGCCGCGGCCACCCUUUUGCCGAUGUCUUACGGCUGGGCGUCUGGCGACGUCUCGCUCGCAGCGUACAUCCAGGCCUCACUAGCACGAAUCGAAUCGCAAAACAAGAACGUGUCUGCCCUCGGCGCGGUCAUGGCUUUUCUCUACUCGUUCUACAUCGUCACCUAUGCCGUGGCUGGCACACUGCUCGGACGGUACCUCGACGACGUGUACAACCGGACCGGUGGUGUACAUGGGGACGGUGAGGUGCGGACAGGGCUGGUGUACACGGCAGGCGUGCAAUUCUCCGUCAUUGCGGUGCUGGUGUUUGCCUCGACAUUCGUGCCGAAGGGCUCGUUUGCGUUGAAUCCCAAGAUCAUCUCGGAUGAGGUCCUGGAUGAGGACGACGAGCAUAUUGAGAUUGAGGAGCAGCGGCCGCGGCCAGAUGAUGGCCCACGACUGGAGAGUGGGCUGAAGAAGAAUACAAGGAGUUAUUGCAGCAGCGAGGAUGGCUCAGAGCCUAGGGUGGAGAAGAAGAUUAGUGAGAUUUUGUGA